CUGGACUGGACCCCUUUGACGGAACAGAAUGGCAUCCUCACCCUCCAACCCUCCGACUUUGGCCAAGGCCCGAACCCCGUCGAACGAGAUAGCACUGGCGCCCCAAUUCGAAUCGCCUUUGCCGACAUCCUCGUGCAGCUUCGCUCUACAGUCGACACCGCACACAAUCCUCGUCAAAUGGCUGCAAAGAUCAACGCUCUGCCGCAGCUCGUGCGCGCGGGGAAGCCAAAAGGAUGGAAGAAGCAUGAGACCCAUAAGAGUAAGACGAAGAAGUCUUCUGGCAAGCGCAAGCCACAGACGGAGAGCAGCCGUGAGGCCCAAUCCGCCGGUGAUUCCAGGUCUCGGUCGUCUUCCAAGAACAAGCCGAACUAG